UAACUAAAAAACUCUAAAAUAUAUGACUCGCGAUAAGAUUCAAAACAAAGGUUGAAAACCGGCAAAACACAUAGUUUUUCACCUGUUUGGUAUGCAUCGGUCAUGCUCUCAAGUGUAUUUUAAUCUUAUCCGAUGUGUUUGUCCAAUGUCUCAAAUAACUAUUUGACUUGCUCUCGAUCGAAAGGAUAUCAUUCUUGACCAACAAUAAAACAGUUACACAAUUCUUCAUUGAACGGUUUUUUUGCUUCCUACAGUCACUGAAUCACGAAUUUUGAACACUUCUUUAAGAUAAAUGUUUUUGUUUAUAUACGUAAUUCACAAAGAUCAUUAUCCAAACAAAUGUAAUAUCUUAACAUGGUUUUCACAAUGAGAUUAUUUUCUUCUGCCAUGAGCAUUAUUUUCAUUAUUCUAUCUAUUUUCUUAUGACAAUAUUAUACCAAAAGUAUAUAAAACAUGAAAACAUUCGUCGAUCGUGGUUGCAAUUUAGGCUCUUAGCACAAGCAUUGCUGGAAAAUUUUGAGGUAUAGGUUUUAUAAUCAGUAAUUUACGCAUUAAAAAGAAUGAACAAUUUUGUUCGUAUUAAUGUAUCAACCAAUAAACUGAUUUUGUUUCUUUCAUUUUAUUAAUCAGAACAAAUAAAGCAUUGAAAGCCAUAAUUUUUAGUGUUGGCAAAUCCUAAUCGGGUUGAAGAAUGUUUCCUUUACACAAUGGAUUUGGAUUUAGACAUCGUUUGAAAACCAAUGGUUUAAAUGCAUGGACUGAAUAUGUCUUUACCAUGUUAAACUAUACCAUAUUUUUAACUCAUUUAUAUUUUAUAUACUUAAAAGUUCAACUAAACAAACUUAACCGAACAUUUUCAAAUAAAUUUGUUGUUAAUGGUGUACUAUCAAUCGUUUCAGGAUUUCAUAACUAAUUAACAAUGAGUCGAGAGAAAGAAAAAAAACAAUGAGUCGAGAGGGCUAGAGCUCAAAUCGUUUGAUUGCGAUUUCAAUUAUGUUAGCUACUGUGGCGAACCCUAAAUGAUAAAAAUUAAACAACACUUUACGUACUGGAGGGAAAAGUAUGAAUUUUGAUUAGAAAUCUCCCACUAAUAAAAAAUGAAAAACACCUUUCAGACUAUAGCUACGUAAUCCAUUGUCCGCAUUAUAUCAGACCAAUUUAUAAUUUUCCAUCCAUUCUUAUCACACUUUCAGCAUAAGUUCUAGACGAUAACAAAUUAACAAUGCACAUAAAAAAGUCAAACUCGAAAUACAAAUUAGUACACACAUUACAUAGAAACCGGGGUUGGAAGUAUGAGAUACUCAUAAGCCAAUUUUCAAAAAAAAAGUAUGAGAUACUCUUUGUAUAGCUUUUAAUUCGGUUUUGGUCGGCUACGUGAACUCCACAAGUUACAGUCAGCACCGACUCUGCCACACACACGUGGUUCCCACAAAUGGCAUCCAACAAAUCCAAUUUUUGCUCGGGAAAUAUAGAUGUGUGAGUAUCAGCAUUGGUGAUUGAGUUUUUCACCGAUAGAUUUUAGUUUUCAUAUUAAAAAAAUAUCAACAAUAGAUAGUUUGACAUAUGUGAAAAAAAUCUAUAAAAAAUCAUAUAAUCUUUCUUUCAUAUGAGAAAUCCUCACAUUUCUUUCUUUUUAAUUUAUUUUUAUUUGUAAGAGAGAUUUAUUUAAAGACGCGUGAAUGAUGAUGUUCAUAACGAACAAUGAAUCUACUUGUCGACCAGAAUCACAGAGGUUGCUAUUUUUUUGUCAGCCACAGAGGUUGCUAAGUCAACCUUAUUAUCUGUCUCUUAAUCGCAAUUAAGUAUUGUACAACAUGACUUAUGCAACUUUUCGUACUGGAUAAAGAACAUAUAUAAUAUAUAUCCAUAAACUAAUUUGUUGGUUCGUCCUACGUGUUCAUCUGCUGGCGGAUUAGGAUAAGACUUCAACAUUAAUUUAAGCAAUAUUUUUAUAACAGUAAGUGAGAUGACUUUUCAGCUUAGAAUAAAAAACAAAAUAGUCUCAACUUCCAAAACCAUUAUAAAACGAAUACGAAGUGGCUAAGUUAAGACAUCAUUACAACCGGGAACAAGACAACCCAAUCAUAUCUUAUUUUCGUUCAUUUCUUCAUUUCAUUCUCCUGUUUCGAACAAUAGUCUCAGCCCACAAUGGCUCCAGUACCAUCUCCGCAAGUGCUACUCCCCCGUCUUCUCGGUAAAGUCAUUACUAAAGACGUGAAGAAAGAGACCAGUACUCCAGAGAGCCCCAAGAGUCCAAAAACCCCACAAGGCUCUAUCCUCAUGGACAAGUACGAGCUAGGAAAGCUUCUCGGCCACGGAAGCUUUGCCAAAGUCUACUUAGCCAGGAACAUUAACACCGGCGAGAACGUCGCCAUCAAAGUCAUCGACAAAGAAAAAAUCGUCAAAAGCGGUUUAGCCGGCCACAUAAAACGUGAGAUAUCCAUCCUCCGCCGCGUCCGCCACCCUUACAUCGUCCACCUCCUCGAGGUCAUGGCUACAAAGACCAAGAUCUACAUCGUGAUGGAGUACGUGCGAGGCGGAGACCUUUACACAAAGGUCUCCAAAGGGCGCCUCCGCGAAGGAGUCGCCCGUAGAUAUUUCCAGCAGUUAAUCUCCUCGGUUUCCUUCUGCCACGGUCGCGGCGUUUACCACCGCGACCUGAAGCUCGAGAAUCUUCUUUUAGACGACGAAGGUAGCCUCAAGGUCUCUGACUUCGGUCUCAGCGUCGUCUCCGAGCAGCUCAAGCAAGAAGGGAUCUGCCAGACGUUUUGCGGGACGCCUGCUUAUCUGGCGCCUGAGGUUUUCACGAGGAAAGGCUACGACGCGGCUAAAGCCGACGUGUGGUCUUGCGGAGUGAUCUUGUUUGUGUUGAUGGCUGGUUACCUUCCUUUUGAUGAUAAGAACGUUAUGGUUAUGUACAAGAAGAUAUUCAAAGCACAGUUUAAAUGUCCUCAUUGGUUUUCACCUGAGCUUACGAGGCUUAUGGGGAGGAUCCUGGACACGAAUCCGGAUACAAGAAUCACGAUAUCGGAGAUCAUGAAGCAUAGAUGGUUCAAGAAAGGGUUUAAAGAUGUUAAAUUCUAUAUAGAAAACGAUAAGUUAUGUAGAGAGGGUGACAAUGAUGAUGACGACUCAUCAUCAUUGUCCUCAGGGAGAUCAUCCACUGCUUCAGAGGGAGAUGCAGAGUUUGUUAUUAAACGAGUUGGGUCAAUGCCUAGACCCGCUAGUCUAAAUGCAUUUGACAUCAUAUCAUUCUCUUCGGGAUUUGAUCUUUCUGGCUUGUUUGAAGAAGGAGGACAAGGAGCGAGGUUUGUAUCCGCUGCUCCUGUGAUAAAGAUUAUAUCAAAGUUGGAAGAGAUUGCGAAUGUGGCGAAGUUUACGGUGAGGAAGAAGGAUUGGAGCGUGAGGCUGGAAGGUAGUAGAGAAGGAGCUAAAGGACCGUUGACUAUUAAGGUUGAGAUAUUUGAAUUGACACCGUCUCUUGUGGUGGUUGAAGUGAAGAAGAAAGGAGGGUUUAUAGAAGAGUAUGAAGAGUUUUGCAACAAGGAGCUUAGACCACAGCUAGAGAAACUGAUGCAUUACCAAGCAGAUGAAGUUGAAGUAGCAAUGUGUUUGGUCCCAUGUUAAGAAAACUGGAUGGUCGAGAGAAGAAGACAGUACAAGAGAAGGUAUUAAUUACUAUAGAAACAUUCGUUAUUACCAUACCAUUUAUUUUUUUCAUUUGUUCUGUGAUUAUUAUGUGUAUAUGAAAGUGAGAGUUGUAAUAAGAGUGAUAGGAAGAUCAGAGACAGAGAUCCUUAAGGCAGUUUCAGACGGUUUAAUUUUUUCGUUGUUGCUGUUGUACUACAUGUAUCUCUAGAAAGAGACGAGCUUAAUGGAAAUUCUUUCUCGGCC